UCACUUAAUCGAGGUGACCCGAAGAGUGUGUGACCGAAUGCACUCUUGGCAGGGGCCAAAUAAUGACAUUAUAGUGUUGCAUUUUGACGAGCGCGGUGGAGUCGGCUCACACACCCCGGCUAGCGCCAGUUGACUGGAUUGAAAACAUGGCUGCGGCCGAACGUGCAGCAAAUUUACGGAAGUGAGGUGCCCGCAUUCUGCUGCAGAGGAGAGAGCACCAGGAUGACGAGGCUGUAGGCACCCGCCGUAGCAUGGCCGCGUCCCGUUCCUCGCGCGUCACAAGGUCGUCAGUGGGGCUCAAUGGAUUGGACGAGAACUUUUGUGGUCGAACCCUCAGGAACCGCAGCAUCGCCCAGCCGGAGGAGGCCUCGCUACCUCCGCUACCGAGGGCCCGCUCCCCCAAGAAGAAGCAGGAGUCGAAGCAGGACGGCAAACCAGACGUUAAGCAGGAGUCGAAGCAGGACGGCAAACCAGACGUUAAGCAGGAGUCGAAGCAGGACGGCAAACCAGACGUUAAGCAGGAGUCGAAGCAGGACGGCAAAACAGACGUUAAGCAGGAGUCAAAGCAGGACGGCAAACCAGACGUUAAGCAGGAGUCGAAGCAAGACGGCAAACCAGACGUUAAGCAGGAGUCAAAGCAGGACGGCAAACCAGACGUUAAGCAGGAGUCGAAGCAGGACGGCAAACAAGACGUUAAGCAGGAGUCGAAGCAGGACGGCAAACAAGACGUUAAGCAGGAGUCGAAGCAGGACGGCAAACAAGACGUUAAGCAGGAGUCAAAGCAGGACACUCGGCAGCAGGCCUCGUUGCAGGGCAAGGUAACUGACUUGAACGCCUCUUCUGCCGAGGCGGAGUCAUGGACCAGCUCCAGGAAGCGGGCAGUCUCCUGUUUGGACAUCGGUCCAGAGAAUUCUGAGAACUGUGAGCGAGGGAAGGGUGCUCGGGAUGUCUCUCCUCAAAUCAAAAGGGCCAAGCGUUGCUCCCGCUCUGGAGAGUCUCAGGGACACGACGAGGACCCGGUGCCCCUGAAGUCCGAAAGCCCGGCCUCUGCCCCGAAGCCGAGCAAGGACAACAGCUGUGAGGAAUUUCCCGGCACGAACUCUGCAAACGCGGCUCCUGCGUCACCUGUCCACAGUAAAGAGGAAGGGGAGCCGACCGAGGCGAGGGACGGUCAUGUGGAGUGCGAAGGGGCAGUUCGGCCCCCGGACGCCCACAGGGCCUCUAAUGGACUCGGAGAGAAUACAGCAGAGGAGCCGAGCACCCUCACUGAAGAGCCCAGCGCAAACCCCCACCCCGUCACCAACUGCCCGGCGUUGCUCAACGGCAGUCAGACAGGGGCCCCCUCAUCCCCUGACCCCUCUGUGCCUUGUAGAAACUCUGUCCCUCUGCAGAUGGAGGCCUCCGGCUCAGGGGAAUCGCCAGCCUCGCCCACGCCAACAUUCGAGGCCGUUCCAGAGGACCCUGUGCCCGAGUUGAUCGUGGCUCAGGAGGAGGAGGUGGUGGUGGAGGAGGUGGAGGUCGACGUGGUGGGCGACCCAAUGUUUCUGGCCCACGAGGAGCAGGUGACGGCGAGUGAGAGCGACACCAACGGCCGGCCGCCAACACCAGCGCAGGAAGCUGCUGCCGCCGCCGCCUCCACCUCCUCCGCUACCACCAACACAAACAGUAUUCCAAUUAACAGCAACUCAGGAGAAACUACACCCCCACUAGCAACCCCACCCUCCCCCACAGAGCCAGAGUGCAAUCCCUCGGUAUCCAGCACGCCCUCCUCUUUCAUGGAUCUCUACGAACACAGAUACACACUGCGGACUUCACCCAGGAGGGCUGCUACCGGCGGCACGGCCGCCUCCUCCAAGCUCAGCUCUCCUCCGAGAGACAAUGGUCCCUUGAAGGAAGAGGAGUUGUUGCCAGUUGGGCCAGAGGAGUACUGCCCCAUGGUGGAGGAGCCUGCUCCCCCAGGCUCGUUCGGCCCCUCCACCAAGGAGCCGGUCUCCGUGGCUCUCGAGGACGGGGCAGGUGGCGAGCACACUGUACCUGUGGGGUGCAGUGAGGCCGAGCCAAGCAGGAAGCUGACCCAGGCAGCAGCAGCAGCAGCAGAGGAGGAAGAAGAGGAGGAGGAAGAGGAGGAGCCAGACGUGUAUUAUUUUGAGUCGGACCACCUGGCUCUUAAACACAACAAAGAUUAUCAGAGACUGCUGCAGACCAUCGGCGUCCUCGAGGCUCAGCGCACGCAGGCCAUCCUGGACCUGGAGACGCUGGCCCGUCAGCAGAGGGAGGCACUCGGCGAUCCCAUCAGCUUUGUGGAGCAGCUGCAGAAACGGGUUAAGUUGGACUUGCCGUGUCCUCAGCGAGUCGUCCAGCUCCCUGACAUCGGGUGGGACCAGUACACCUCAGGCCUCGGUGACUUUGAGAGGGAGUUCUGUGACAAGAAGCGGAAAACCAGGCGGCUGAAGCUGAUCUUUGACCAAGGUUUGCCUGCUCGACCAAAAAGUCCCGUGGAGCCCAAGAAGGAAGGCGAAUCGUCCACCAUGUACUCCUCUCUGCCUACUAGUGACGCUCUAGAGAACAGCAGGCAACAGCAGAUGAUCAGGGGAAGGAUUUGUCAUCCAAACAAGUCUGACACUUUUAACCAGCUGUGGACCGUGGAGGAACAGAAAAAACUGGAGCAGCUUCUCUUGAAGUUCCCCCCCGAGGAAGUGGAGUCCAGAAGAUGGCAGAAGAUUGCUGAUGAGCUCGGCAACCGAACAGCAAAGCAGGUUGCCAGUCGGGUUCAAAAGUACUUCAUCAAACUGACAAAGGCUGGUAUCCCUGUGCCUGGAAGAACACCCAACCUGUGCAUGUACACUAAGAAGGCGUCCAGUAAGCGGCAGCACCACCUCAACAAGCACCUAUACCGGGCAUCUACUUUCCUGACCUCCUACGAGCCGCCCGUCUACAUGGACGAGGACGACGAGCGCUCGGCGUAUUACAGCAGCAUGCAGGACCCCUCUGCUGACGACUCGGAUGAAGAGGCCAUACCGAUGGACUUGAGAAACCUGCCCGAGUACAAAGAACUUUUAGAGCUAAAGCGGUUAAAGAAACAGACGCUACAGGAGAUCCACGAGGACAAGGCGGGGAUGCGGCAUGUAGGCUACAAGUGCGAUAUCUGCGGCAUGGAGCCCAUCCAGGGAGUCAGGUGGCACUGCCAGGAUUGUCCACAGGACAACUCGGUGGAUUUCUGCUCCAACUGCUCCGACUGCUUGUUGAAGACCGAGACUCACAAGCCGGACCACCACCUGGAACCGGUGCACCAGCAGGACACCUUUCUGGACAGGGACUACUGCCUGCCGCAGAGCGCCGGCUACAACUACCUGGACCCAAACUACUUUCCAGCCAACAGAUGACAGGGUCCCAGGCGUCCGUAGCUCCGCGCUCUCUCCACAUGUCCCACGGGCCACUCUGUGCAUGGCUCUAUCCUCCAAGUCCACGAUAACCGCUAAACACCCCCCGCCAGGCAGGAGGGCCAACAGGCAAGGCAGACAGCCGGGAGCCUGAAAGCCGACCCCCGUGCUGCUGGAGGGGGGGGGAGGCUGGAGAGAGGAGGCGGAGGGGCGGGGGGCUGUUGGUAAACUGGCAUCUCUGACUUAAGCAAAGGUUUGGCCAUGUUGGUUCCUCAGAGCAAGAGGGUCCCGCCCCCACCUCGGCCAGGUUAAUCAGCAGAGCCGCAAUUUGAAAAACAACACAAAAAUACCCCAGAAGACGCACCGACAUUCCCGAGCUCUGUGACUCCGGGGGGGCUUUCCUCCCUUCCCCUCAUCACCGCCCUCCGGUUUACCCCUUCCACCCGCUGCUGCUUUCGAAACUGAAGAGUUGGCGCUCAGUCUGGCUCAGAGCCACCGCGAAGGAGACGCACGGUCCCAGUGGACUGUGAUGUCAUCAGCUGAGAUACACCUGGGUGGUUUGUGUGUGCGUGUGUGUGUGUGUAUAUGUGGUCUCCGUGUUAUGCAAGAGUGACAAAUGUUCUAGCUAGAUAUCCGUAGAUGAGUAUUUAUGAGUCCCGCCUCCCUCAGCGGGAGCUGCUGCCGGAGGAAGUGGGCGGCGCCGAGGCCGGCGUGGGACACCCUGCUGAGCCACAUGACGUUCUGCAGACGGACCUGUGUGUGUGUGUGUGCGUGCGAGCGCGUGCGUGUAGAACGGAGUGUGUGUGUGUGUUUCAGCAUGGAGCCGACCCCUAGCACUGUCGCACAACGCUGCUCUCUUUCACCUUUCAAACACAGACACACUUUCAUCUCCGUUUCCUUUCCAUUUGCUCUCUCCACUAAAACACGUCGGACAGGGAAGCACUACAGCACGGAGAGCAAAUGUUUUUGAAGGCAGGCCAAUGGGAUCCUAUGGAAAGUUUCAUUUUUCUUUUCCAGCCCCCCCCCCUCCUCUUCCUCUCCUCUCCCAAUGUGUGCCGUUGUUGAACAUGUCGAGUGUACAAGUAUAUGGUGAAAAGUAGCCCGCGCUAACUGCUCUGUGCCAUUUAAAAAACAUUUUUUUGGGGAGGUACUUCGACCUCCUGAACAACUUCUCCCUCCCCCCGGCGCCACCGACCCACAUUCUCCUUCAUAAUCAUCGUCAUGCCUCUAGAUCUUCUUUCAUUUUGCAGUCCACUUUAAGAGGUCCAUUUAAAAGAUUGUAUUUUUAUUAAUCUAUUUAAAAUUAAAAAAAAGAAUUGAGGUAGUGGUUGGUGCCUCCACACAAUUUUAUACACAUAGCUUUUGUUGUGCUUGAGUAGACACCAUUUUGUAUGGUUUUCGUCUCUUUCCUUCACCCCCUUUGCCCCGCUUCAAUAUCUGUGUAGAACAGUCUGUUCUUAUGUAAAAAAAAAAAAAAAAAAAAAAAAAAAUUAAUAAUGUAAAAAAAAUGCUAGAGGAGAACCGUGGAAAUAAAAGUAUGUGAAAGUAGUGUUUCUA